AUGGCUUCCUCUAGAGAUCGUCAAAACAAAAACCAAGCACAGAGAGGACACAGAGGACACAGAGGACGCAGAGAGGACACAGAGGACGCAGAGGACACAGAGGACACAGAGGACACAGAGGACGCAGAGAGGACACAGAGAGGACACAGAGGACGCAGAGGACACAGAGAGGACACAGAGGACACAGAGGACACAGAGAGGACGCAGAGGACACAGAGGACACAGAGGACGCAGAGGACACAGAGAGGACGCAGAGGACGCAGAGGACACAGAGGACACAGAGGACACAGAGAGGACACAGAGGACACAGAGGACACACAGAGGAAGCAGAGAGGACACAGAGGACACAGAGGACACACAGAAGACGCAGAGAGGACACAGAGGACACAGAGGACACAGAGAGGACACAGAGGACACACAGAGGACACAGAGGACACACAGAGGAAGCAGAGAGGACACAGAGGACACAGAGGACACACAGAGGACGCAGAGAGGACACAGAGGACGCAGAGAGGACACAGAGGACACAGAGGACGCAGAGGACGCAGAGAGGACACAGAGGACACAGAGGACGCAGAGAAGACACAGAGGACACAGAGGACGCAGAGAGGACACAGAGGACGCAGAGGACGCAGAGAGGACACAGAGGACACAAAGGACGCAGAGAGGACACAGAGGACACAGAGGACACAGAGGACGCAGAGAGGACACAGAGGACGCAGAGGAUGCAGAGGACGCAGAGAGGACACAGGACACAGAGGACGCAGAGAGGACACAGAGGACGCAGAGGAUGCAGAGGACGCAGAGGACACAGAGGACGUAGAGGACACAGAGGAUGCAGAGGAUGCAGAGGACACAGAGGACGUAGAGGACACAGAGGACGCAGAGGACACAGAGAGGACACAGAGGACGCAGAGGACACAGAGAGGACACAGAGGACACAGAGGACACAGAGAGGACACAGAGGACACAAAGGACACAGAGAGGACACAGAGGACACAGAGGUACUAUCUGUUCUAG